CAUGCACUGCGCUUACGUACAUAUCAAUCCGACGUGAAUCCCACUUCCUGGUUACCUUCCAGCUAAUUCAACUGUCACUUGAAAACUUGCACCAGUCAACAACAACUAACAAGCUCCAUCAGGCCAGGGCGACAGCACAGUGCUGGGCAGGAUCGGAGGGUCCGGGAAGGAACAAAGAAAAACUGAAGAGGAAAAGAAGGGGUGAGUGGGCGGAUGAGGGAUUGAAGCUGCACAGAGAACCCGGAGAGGAACAGAGGGACUGAAAGAGAGGAGGAGAAUACUAGUAACAAACGACAGAGGAGCUCAAAAGGAAUCCAAACAGCUCUGAGACAGUGUACGGCCCAGUAUGGAGGAUUUCAGACGGACCUACCUGCGUCUGUGUAAGGAGGGGGGCGUGGAUCCCCAGGAGUCAGUGCUAGCUCAGCUCCAGGAGACCAGGGGAGCCGCAGCAGGAUCCAGGCUGGACCUGAGGGGACACAGCCUGUCUGUAGACACCUGUGCCGUGCUGGGGAGGGUCCUUCACAAAGACACACUCUUCACCGAGCUGGCCCUCAGUGACUGCAUGCUCACUGAGGAAGGUGCCAAGCUGCUCCUGAAUGGGCUGUGUGCCAACACUACUGUUAAAGUCCUGGAUCUGAAGGGAAAUAACUUGAGAUCAACAGGAGCUGAGGCUUUAGGGAAGCUGUUGGUGAGAAACAAGACACUGUGCAGGCUGGUGUUGGAGUGGAAUGCGUUGGGGAUGUGGGAGGAGGCGUUCUCAGUGUUCUGUGAGGGUUUGGCCACCAACGCCUGUCUAACCCAGCUGGACCUGCGCAACAACCAGAUCAACCACCAGGGGGCCUCGGAGCUCUGCCUGGCCCUCAAGCGGAACAGCACCCUGCAGGAACUGGAUGUGAGGUGGAACAACAUUGGUCUGCUGGGUGGCCGGUCCUUCCUGGAGGCUCUACAGCAGAACAGGACCCUGACACACCUGGAGAUGGCUGGAAACAACAUCCCCAGCGACACACUCAAAGCCCUCGAGCAGGCGAUGGAUCAUAACUCGGACAGGCAGUCCACUGUGAGAGAGAGCCGCAGCAGAACCCAGGUCCUCAGCAAGGAGAUCCAGAUCCUCAAGGAGGAGAAGGGACGCCAGUUUCUGAGUCUGAUGGAGACCAUAGACAAACAGAGAGACGAGAUGGGCCGAAGCACCAGGUCAGCGACCACAUCUAUCCAUGUGGGUCAGCUCCAGGAGGCCCUGAACGAGAGGAAGUCUGUUGUCAACUCUCUCACAGCCAAAUUCCAGAUGACUGAGGCAGCACUGGCCAUGUCGGAACAGAAGAACCACAACCUGGGAGAGCUGCUGACCAGAGUGAAGACUGAGAAAGACGAGCAGAGAGAACGACAGAGCAGGGAGAGGAAGAAAGAACAGGAGGACAGUGCUCUGAGGGAGGGGAAGCUCCUCAGAGAGAUUAACAGUAUGUCAGAGACAAACGUACAGCUCAAGAAUAAGUUGGAGAAGAUGGAGAGCAGGUGUAAGUCUCAGCAGGACCAGAUUUUUGAGCUGAAGCAGGAGCUCACCAACAGCACAGCAGAGCUAAAGCUACGGCUAGCACAGGCAGAAGAGCGUUUGGAGAUGGAGAAGAAGAGAUCUAAACAGUCUCUGGAGGACAUGAAUAACCUUCGACAGAAAGAGGUGGACCAUGUGAAUCGUCACCUUGAGGAGAGUCAGAGGGCUCUACAGGACCGGAUCCUCAAACUGGAGGGACAGCGGAUACAGCUGGAGGAGGAGUUGAGCAGGGCCAAGGCAGCCUGUGUUACAGAGAGAGCCCAGGCAGAGGAGGAACAGGGGAAGGUGCGGGUACAGGUUCGCCUGGAGGAGCAGCAGCGUGUGAGUGGGUUAGAGGAGAAGCUGCGUGGGUUGCGUCAGUCCCGUGAUGAGUCCCAGAGCCACUGUUCCCAGCAGAAACAGACCAUAGCUGAGCUGCAGGCUCGUAGCGGACAGCAGAGCAUCGAGACAGACGGACUACGACGCAGGAUAGAGGAGCUGCAGCAGGAGUUGUCUGGUAAGGACCAGGAGAAGGUUGCAGAGGUGAGUCGGGUCAGGGUGGAGCUACAGGAGCAGAUGGGACACCUGCAGGCUGAGAGGACCGCACAGGGAGGACUGAAGGAGAAGAUAGCUGCUCUGGAGAGAGAGAUGAAAGUGCUGGCCAGUAACCACAGAGAGGCCACCCUGGACAAGGAGAGUGAGAUAUCAUCUCUGUUUGAGAAGCUGAGACUGAGAGAGGCAGAGAUCCAGAGGAUGAGAGAGGACGAGGCCCAGAGAGCUAGCUUCCUCCAGAACGCUAUACUCACAUACGUACAGGGGUCACCGCUGCACUACAGUCCUAAGAAGUGACCUCUGACAUCUAACCUUUGACACUUCCCAUCCUUAUGUAGGCACUAAGUACAGGGGUCACCACUGGGGUUCUGCAGUCCCAAGAAAUAACCUCUGACCCCUAACCCCUGUCCCAUUUACCCCUACAACCUUGUGCCCAUACACCCUCACAAAGUGGGAUACUAAAGUGACCCAAACCUUUCUAUUACACCCAUACUCCAUGUGUUCCUCUCCGGUCCUUCCCCCUCUCCCCUUUGGUCCCUCCAAACUACCCCAGCACAAAAUAUCAACAGCACAGAUAUUCACCUCUAGACAUCCGCAGCUUCGGGUGUACAGUGCAUUCGUAGAGUAUUCAGACCCCUCGACUUUUUCCACAUUUUGUUACGUUACAGCCUUAUUCUAAAAUUGAUUAAAUUGUUUUUUUCCCCCCUCAUCAAUCUACACA